AAGUUGGAACUCAAAUUACAACUCUCAACCCUUUCUCUCUCUCUCUCUCUCUCUAAAGUGAAAUAAAACCCUGUCUUUCUGUCUCUCUUUCUCUCGUUUUUCUGUCUGUAUAUUUCCAUGGCUGCUCAUGAGGAAGGAGAGGUUGGUUUCGAAGAAGGAAUGUUGUGGCUGCCGUCACAAGUUUUGGAUGAAGCAAUAUGUGACACAAAGGCGUAUUCGAGGCUCCAUGUAAAACACCACCACUACCACCGUGAUCAUUUGGAUUCGAAAUCUAGCUCGAUGAGACCAUAUCAUAGGCCAAAAGUCAAUGUGAAUUGGUCAUCCGGAGGACCUGGAAUGCAAGCCAUCUUCCUGGAUUCUAGUAAAAAAUCAUGUGGCACUGGCGUUUUUCUUCCACAACGAGCAGGCACCCACUUCCACAGAAGUAAAAAACCAGCUUGUGCUCCCGUUCUGCUGCCCUCUCGUGUGGUUCAAGCUCUGAACCUCAACGUGCAUGCACUAGGCCUGCAAAUUUCACCUCGACAAGAUUCUAAAGAACAUAAGCGAAAAAGUGAAGACUACUUGGUAGCUCGAAACAAGAACGGAAAUAAGGAUGUUUCAUCUACUCAAUGCUACAUUAUUUCCCAAAAUCCGAAUUCUUCACCGGAGUUGCUUCUUCCAAAGGAAUGGACUUACUAAUGGCGAAUACGAACAACGAUUAUUACACGUAUACAAGAAACUAUAUCAUCGUAUAAGGCUAAGACUCUCGUAGCUCUACGAUUGAUGUGUACGGCUAGCUCUGUGGAAUGAUCGAUCUUUGAUCAUGUAAUUGUAAGCUUGAAUAAACAGCUAAAUGCUUCCAUUUUUAUACAAGUGCUUUCAGAAAUUGUAUUUGCUUAUAGGCUAGUUUGACAUUAUCCAAAUUAUUUUAAAAGAAGCCGACCCCAA